AUGGAUCAACCUGACCUUCCGGAUCAGCAGGAAGGAAUGCCUUCGACAGCGGAUCUUCGCAUGGAUCAACAACAACGGUAUUUUCGAUAUAUGGACGAGCGCAAUGAGUACCGGAACCGGAAAGUGAGUGCAUCGCAUGGCCAGUACAUCAAAGUUAUGUUUUUAUUUGCAGUGUUGCAAAUAAUCGGAAUAGCGUUCUUCACCAAGGGGUUUCUGCUUUCUCGACAGGUUCUUCCGAACCAGUCAACGUGUUUGGAUCAACAGAAUUCCCAAACUUGCCACCAGUUUUCUCCGUUUAAGAAAACAGUCAUAUUAUUAAUUGAUGCGUUACGAUUCGAUUUCGUGAUCCCCGUCGAGGACCAAGCGGCAGAUCCGUACUAUCACAACAAUUUCCCCAUUUUGUAUGAGCAGUUUGCAAACCACCCGCAAAAUUCUCUAUUACUCAAGUUCAUUGCCGAUCCUCCAACAACAACAUUACAGCGACUUAAAGGAUUAACCACCGGCUCUUUGCCGACGUUUGUUGACGCAGGAUCCAACUUCGAUGGAGACACCAUCGACGAGGACAACUGGGUGUCUCAAUUGCACAGUUUUGGCAAAAACGUGGCGUUUGUCGGCGACGAUACUUGGACCGCGCUGUUUUCUCCGUUCCUGCACCCGAACAUGACGUUUCCGUUCCCUUCGUUGAACGUCUGGGACCUUCAUAGUGUUGACAACGGUGUGAUUGAGCAUCUUUACCCGAUGAUCAAAGACCAAGGCACCGAAUGGGACGUGCUGAUUGGCCAUUUCCUCGGAGUUGACCAUUGUGGACACCGUUAUGGCCCAAGACACUAUGCCAUGAAACAGAAACUGGACCAGAUGAAUUCCAUCAUUGGCGAUGUGAUCGACAGCAUCGACGAAGAUACACUGCUGGUUGUUUUCGGCGACCACGGUAUGGAUUUCACCGGAAACCACGGAGGAGAGUCCAAGGACGAAUUGGAAGCGGCUUUAUUCAUGUACUCCAAACGCGAUUAUUUUGGCAGACUUUCCAACGACCAUUACAACAUAUCCAAUUUGGGCAAUGACUUCAGGGCAGUGAACCAGAUCGAUCUGGUUCCCACCUUUUCCAUGAUGAUGGGACUUCCUGUUCCAUUCAACAACCUGGGAUCGCCAAUCGAAGAAGCAUUUAUUGGACCCAACAGCAAAAACCAGCUUGAAUUGGCCAAAUCGAAUUUCCUCACAUGUCAGCAAAUCCAUAAUUAUAGACAGGCUUCGGACCAGCUUUCGUCUGACGAGGAAAUCAACGCCAUGUUCAACGAACUUUCAUCUGACUGGGACAUUUUGCAGAAAAAAAGCCCCGACCAGUUAACUCUAAUCGCUUUCAACGCGAAAUGCUACGAAUACCAAGCAUUAUCUUUGGACAAAUGUAAGUCUCUUUGGGCGACAUUUGACAAUGUCUGUAUCAUUAUUGGGAUUGGAAUUGUUGCAAUCUCUCUUGGACUAUUAAUCAUCUACACGAAAUUGGUUCCGCUCGUGGUGAUCACACAAUUGAAUUCCCAGUUCAUCACCUCGUCUGCUGCUAUGACCAUGGUCCAUACACUGUUGACGGUGUCGUUCACCUUAAUAUUUAAACCAGAGAACCUCAGUAUGCUGUGGUCUGUUCUUCUUGGGGUUUCUCUCGGUAUCAUCAACGGCAUACUUGCUCCUAUUAUAGACAGAUACUCGAUUCCGUGGCUGUUUUCACAAGUGAAGGAGAACCUGAUCCAGAACGGGUGGACGUAUUUCGCUUUGGCAUUGAUUCUCAUGCACUCAUUGAUCUUCACCUCGAACUCGUUUGUUAUUUGGGAAGACAAGAUCGUGGCGUUCUGGCUCAUCACGUUUGGUUUCUGUGCCGUCUUCAAAUCGUUCAAGCUCAAAGAUUCGCGGAAACGGCUGCUGGGUGUCUACCAUUCGGUUGUUUUCGUUCUUCUAACGCGACUCACUUCCACAAUCAGACUGUGUCGUGAAGAACAAGGUUCCAAAUGCGUGAGCAACUUCGAGACCACCUGGUGGUCUGUUGGUCUGAUUUACGUUUUUGCUUUCCUGCUCCCCAAAAUGAUCGAGAAGUUCUUCGAUAUAAGCCAGUCUUACCAAGGAGCUGCCCAGUUGUGGGUCUCUAAGGGACUCAGAGGACUGAUGCUUUUGAUAGCAUUGAUGUGGACUCUGGAAUACAUCGAGAACAGUGAUUACUUCAACUCCAAGAUCCAGGUUCCGCUUGAAACGUUCAAGGUCACACGGUUGACCAUCGCGCGGAUCGUGAUGGGCAUUUCGCUGAUAGCAAGCAACUUCGGGUGGUCGUUGGGCCCACUCUGUAUCAAGAUCGACUUGGGGUCGAACCAGUCUGGCCGCCAGGUGCUGCGGACCGCCAACAUCAUCGGCUACGGCAACGUGUACGGGUCCGCGUAUUUCCUGUUUGUGAUCAACAUUUUGUGCGCUGUGCUGCUUGUGAACAAGCCGUUGGGCAUUGUUUCACUGGCACUGUUGAUCAACCAGAUCCUCACGCUGCUGGAGCUGAUCGACAUCCUCAAGAUCCGCACAAAUCUCGUUUCCGUGGUCACCAUGGGACUGUUGGCGUAUCUGCACUUCUUCAGCACGGGCCACCAGGCGACGUUACAGGCGAUCCACUGGGACACUGGGUUCAUUAUCACAGAAACCAUCGUGUUCCCGCUGACUCAUAUCUCCAUCAUUCUCGACACUCUCGGGCCGUUCAUCAUUGUUUGUCUGUGCAUCUCGCUGAUGUGUCUGUGGAAGAUUCCUCCCACCAGCAAGGCUAUCUCGCUGAUCUCCAAGAUCGUCGAGAACUCGUCCACUUUGAUCAUCUACCAGCUAUGUCUGACACUAUCGACGCUCAUCAUGACCAACCAUUUCAGAAGACACUUGAUGGUCUGGAAGAUCUUUGCGCCCCGAUUCAUGCUAAAUGGGAUCAUAUUGAUUGCCAUGAACGUCAUCCUCACGCUGGUGACCGUCGGCUUCGCUACAGGCCGCGUGAUUAAGCGCUGGAACCAGGUCUUUGGAAACUGA